CGGACAAUGAUGUGAUUAGAGUUGCGGGCGGCAGGUUCUGCUGAAAGUCUGGAAUAGCCCGUCAAGAACCGCAUGAAAGUACAGCACAAGCCCUAAGCACCGGCUCUCACUCACAAGGAGUCUGCAUGACUAGCCGCUAGCCAUGCUCAGCUUUGUGGAUAUGCGGACUGUGCUGCUGCUGGCAGUCACACUAUACCUAGCAACAUGCCAAUCUGAGGGGCCCAGAGGAGACAAAGGCCCACAGGGAGAGAGGGGCCCACCAGGUGCUCCAGGUAGAGAUGGUGUUGAUGGUGAACCAGGACUUCCCGGGCCACCCGGCCCACCCGGACUUGGCGGAAACUUUGCUGCUCAAUAUGACCCAUCUAAAUCUGGCGGCGGAGAACCUGGCCCUGCGGGUUUAAUGGGACCAAGAGGACCCCCUGGACCACCUGGAUCCCCUGGUGCUCAAGGUUUCCAAGGACAUGCUGGUGAACCUGGCGAACCUGGCCAACCUGGUCCUUUAGGAUCUACUGGUCCCUCUGGUCCACCUGGAAAACCCGGUGAAGAUGGUCACUCUGGCAAAUCUGGAAGACCUGGUGAGCGAGGCACAGUUGGAUCUCAGGGUGCACGUGGUUUCCCCGGAACUCCUGGUCUCCCUGGAUUUAAAGGAAUUAGGGGUCACAACGGUCUGGAUGGUCAGAAGGGAGGCCCAGGUGUUGCAGGUGUCAAGGGAGAAACUGGUGCUAAUGGUGAAAAUGGAUCCCCUGGUCAGUCUGGUGCACGUGGUCUCCCAGGUGAAAGAGGGCGCGGUGGACCUCCUGGCCCAGCUGGUUCUCGUGGAAGUGAUGGCAGUGCAGGCCCCACCGGCCCAGCUGGUCCUAUUGGCUCUGCUGGUCCUCCUGGUCUUCCCGGUGCUCCUGGUGCUAAGGGUGAAAUAGGAUCUGCAGGAAGCACUGGUUCUGCUGGUGCUGCUGGCCCUAGAGGCGAACCUGGUCCACCUGGUGCUCUUGGGCCUGUUGGACCUGCUGGAAAUCCCGGUGCUAACGGAGUAAAUGGAGCUAAAGGUGCAGCUGGUCUCCCUGGUGUUGGUGGUGCUCCUGGUUUGCCUGGCCCACGCGGAAUCCCAGGUCCCCCAGGACCUUCUGGCCCAGCUGGAGCUAGAGGACUUUCUGGUGAUCCUGGUGUUGCUGGCGGAAAAGGAGACACUGGUGCUAAGGGUGAACCUGGUUCUGCUGGUCCCUCUGGUCCUGCUGGUCCAUCUGGAGAGGAAGGCAGGAGAGGUCCCAAUGGAGAAGCUGGAUCAUCUGGGCCUGCUGGCAAUGCUGGAAUUAGAGGUGUUCCCGGAACUCGUGGUCUGCCUGGCCCUGAUGGUAGAGCUGGUGGAAUGGGUGCUCCUGGUAGCCGUGGUGCUUCUGGUCCUGCAGGUGCAAGAGGUCCAAAUGGUGAUGCUGGACGCCCCGGAGAGCCUGGUCUUCUUGGUGCAAGAGGGCUUCCUGGUUUCUCUGGCAGCACUGGACCUGCUGGCAAAGAAGGCCCUGCUGGUCCUCAAGGUAUUGAGGGUCGUUCUGGUCCUGCUGGUGCAUCUGGUCCAAGAGGUGAACCUGGUAGCAUUGGAUUCCCUGGUCCCAAGGGUCCAGCUGGUGAGCCUGGAAAGAAUGGAGAUAAGGGAAGCCAAGGUCCUUCUGGAAACAGGGGAGCCCCGGGACCCGAUGGUAACAAUGGAGCUCAAGGACCCCCAGGACUUGCUGGUAAUACAGGAGACAAAGGUGAACAAGGUCCUGCUGGUGCCCCAGGCUUCCAGGGUCUUCCAGGCCCCGGUGGCGCUGCUGGAGAACUUGGCAAACAUGGAGAAAGAGGUGCUCCUGGUGACUUUGGCCCUGCUGGCCCAGCUGGUCCAAGAGGUGAACGCGGUGCUCCUGGAGAGAGUGGUGCUGCAGGUCCACUAGGAGCUCUUGGACCCCGAGGCCCAACUGGUGCACCUGGAUCUGAUGGAGCCAAGGGAGAACCUGGUGCUGCUGGAUUAAAUGGUGCUCUUGGACCAUCUGGCCCUGGUGGAAUCCCAGGAGAGAGAGGUGCAGCUGGUGUUCCUGGACCAAAGGGAGAAAAGGGUGACGCUGGCCAUUCUGGAGAAUAUGGUAACCCAGGAAGAGAUGGUGCCCGUGGUCCUGCUGGUGCUUCUGGCGCUCCCGGUCCUGCUGGUGCUGCUGGUGAUAGGGGUGAAUCUGGCCCUGCUGGUCCUUCUGGUCUUGCUGGUCCUCGUGGAGCUCCUGGUGAACGCGGUGAAGCUGGUCCUGCUGGUUCUACUGGUUUCGCUGGUCCUCCUGGUGCAGCUGGUCACACUGGUGUCAAGGGUGAAAGAGGACCAAAAGGACCAAAGGGUGAAUCUGGUUCUCCUGGUGCUCUCGGUGCAGUUGGUUCCCAUGGACCCGCAGGUCCCAAUGGCCCAGCUGGUACUACAGGUCCCCGAGGUGAUGGUGGUGCUCCUGGUGCAAAUGGUUUCCCUGGUCCUGCUGGAAGAACUGGUGCUCCUGGUCCUGCUGGUCCUCCUGGAGCUUCUGGUCCUUCUGGUGUCCUUGGUGCUCUUGGUAUCUCUGGUCUUCCAGGAGCAAGAGGUGAACGUGGUACCCCUGGUGGCCCUGGAGCUAAUGGUGAGUCAGGUCCUGCUGGCCCUGCAGGUUCUGCUGGUUCCCGUGGCCCCUCUGGCCCCGUGGGUUCUCCCGGUCUGACUGGUGUUCAUGGUGAAGCUGGUCGUGAUGGCAAUCCUGGUAAUGAUGGUCCUCCCGGUCGUGAUGGUCUUCCUGGAGUUAAGGGAGAACGUGGCUAUCCUGGAGGCACUGGCCCUGCUGGAUCUCUUGGUGCUGUUGGAGCUCCAGGAGCUGUUGGUCCUUCUGGAAAAUCUGGAAAUCGUGGUGAACCUGGUCCCGUUGGUCAUGCUGGAGCUGUUGGCCCUGCUGGUCCCAGAGGCCCAUCUGGACAACAAGGUACUCGUGGUGACAAGGGUGAAGCUGGUGAGAGGGGAGCUAGAGGUUUGGAUGGACGCAAAGGACAUAAUGGUUUACAAGGUCUCCCUGGCCCUGCUGGUUCUCCAGGAGAAACAGGUCCUGCUGGUUCCAACGGUCCAUCUGGCCCACGGGGUCCAGCUGGCCCAUCCGGUCCUCCAGGCAAAGAAGGACGUUCCGGACAUAAUGGUCCAAUUGGUCCAGUCGGUCUUCGUGGUCCAGCUGGUCACCAAGGUCCUGCUGGUCCUCCUGGACCACCUGGUCUUCCUGGUCCUGCUGGCGCAUCUGGUGGUGGAUAUGAUGGUGGCUUUGGUGGUGAAUUCUUCAGAGCUGACCAGCCUGCUCGUAGACCAAAGGAUUAUGAAGUUGAUGCCACUCUGAAAUCUUUGAACAACCAAAUUGAGACAAUCCUGACCCCAGAAGGCUCAAAGAAGAACCCUGCCCGCACUUGCCGUGACUUAAGACUCAGCCACCCAGAUUGGAGCAGUGGAUUCUACUGGAUCGAUCCUAACCAAGGCUGCACAUCUGAUUCCAUCAGAGUUUUCUGUGAUUUCUCCACUGGUGAGACCUGCAUCCAUGCCAACCCAGACAGCAUUCCACAGAAGAACUGGUACACUAGCAAGACCAAACAAAGGAAGCAUGUAUGGUUCGGUGAAACCAUCAAUGGUGGCACACAGAUUGAAUACAACGAAGAAGGAGUCACAUCCAAGGACAUGGCCACACAGUUUGCUUUCAUGCGUUUACUGGCUAAUCACGCAUCUCAGAAUAUUACCUACCACUGCAAGAACAGCAUUGCCUAUAUGGAUGGACAGACUGGAAACCUGAAGAAGGCCAUUUUGCUACAAGGAUCCAAUGACGUUGAGCUACGCGCAGAGGGCAACAGCAGAUUCACUUUCAGUGUCCUAGAAGAUGGUUGCACGCAACAUACGGGUGAAUGGGGAAGAACAGUCAUAGAAUACAGAACUAACAAACCAUCUCGCUUACCCAUCCUGGACAUUGCACCUUUGGACAUUGGUGGUGAUGACCAAGAGUUUGGUCUGGACAUUGGCCCAGUCUGUUUCAAAUAAAUGAACUCAAAUUAACUUAAAAAUAUCCUCUCUUUGCCCUUCCUUUUUUAUUACUGAAAGCUGACUCCUCCCAUUGUUCCACGCAUCCACUUGAAAAAAUCUGGGCAAAAGAGUUGGACAGAAUCAAGCAUCAUGCAAUGCAAUUAAAUUCACUCCAGGGAGGACUCUGAAGUCUUUCACAAAUUAAACAUCAAGUAGUGGAAAAUGUCAGCUUUGUUUUAAAAAAAUGACAAAAAACCAAAAUAAAAACCGUGAAAGCUUGCACCGUUUUUUGGCCUUUCAAUAUCUUCCAUGGAGGAAGUUUAAAACCACAACUUCCACAGGUUUUGACUACCUCAAACAAAAGUGUCUCUGCAACUCCAUCGAGCAAUUAAGAAAAUACGGUGUUUCUAAUAAGAGUCAUUCUACAAUGGUGCUAAUUAAGGUGCUCAAAAAUUCCGUGGUGCUAAUAAAGCUUACGACUCACUUUUCCGUACGAAGUUGUACUGCGUGGUUUAUUUGGGGAAAGCUUUCACACAUUUAAGCAAGUUGUAGGAAAGCCCAGGACAUCCAUGUGGAUCAUUUCUUCAUUCAGGUUCAUUUCUUUUCUAAUGGUGCCAUCAUUUUGAUUGGGCAGAAAGAGGCAUAUUUUUAUUCAACAAACUGUGCUAUUUUUGUAUAUGUGAGAUGUUUAAAUAAAUUGUGGAAAAACCAGAA